AUACAGCUCGCCACGUUGGAAGAGUUGACGGCUGGUUGCAGUUUACUUGACAUAACGAAAACUAUUUUAUAUCAAUCUUUAGAUACUUUUCACCACUCGAUUAUAUUAAGAUAUCAAAAAUGAAGGUUAAGGAGUUAUUAAAAACUGUUAAUGUGGCAUGGUCUCCACCUGCCCAAUAUCCAAUCUUAUUAGCUGCUGGAACAGCGGCUCAACAGCUUGAUGCUAGUUUUAAUACUUCUGCUAGUCUUGAUUUAUACUCAAUUAAUUUACAACAGCCAGGAUAUGAAAUGGAACUAAAAGCCAGUGUGGCUAGUGAUCACAGAUUUCAUAAAAUAAUUUGGGGAGCAUAUGGUAACAAUCCAGCUGGUAUAAUUGUUGGAGGUUGUGAUUACGGUACAAUAAAAAUUUAUUCGGCUUCUAAAAUGUUAAGCAAUGAAAACAAUUGUUUAAUAACUAGUCCAGAUAGACAUACAGGCCCAGUAAGGGCAAUGGAUUUUAAUCCCUUUCAAGCAAACUUAUUAGCUACUGGAGCAACAGAAAGUGAAAUUUAUAUAUGGGAUGUUGUAAAUACUAGCACUCCAAUGACACCUGGAUCUAGAAGUCAACCAUUAGAAGAUGUUCAAUAUAUUGCAUGGAACAAACAAGUACAACAUAUUCUUGCUUCCACAUUUUUACAACGCUGUGUUAUAUGGGAUUUAAGAAAAAAUGAACCCAUAAUCAAACUAACAGAUGCCAAUUCAAAGGUACGGUGGAAAGUGGUUCAAUGGCAUCCAAAUGUUGCAACACAAUUAUGCUUAGCAUCAGAAGAUGAUCAAGUUCCCGUGAUUGAAUUAUGGGAUUUAAGAUUUGCCACAUCACCUUUAAAGACAUUACAGAAUCAUCAACGAGGUGUUCUUUCAAUAGCAUGGAACCCUCAUGAUCCAGACCUUCUUUUAAGUUGCGCAAAAGACAAUAGAAUUUUAUGUUGGAAUCCAAAUUCAAAUGAACCGAAUGGAGAGGUAAUAUGUGAAUUAAUGCAAACAAAUCAAUGGAACUUUGAUGUCUCAUGGUGUCCACGGCAUCCAGGUUUAAUUGUAGGAACUAGUUUUGAUGGGCAUGCAGCCAUAUAUUCUUUGCUAGGUGGAAGACAACAAGUAUCUAAUGAAACAUCAAACAAAAUUGUUGAUUCAUUUCCAGGAAUGGAUCCUUUUACACAGCCGCAUCCUACUGUUCAAACAGAAUCAACUGCAAUUUUGACAAAAGCACCAAAGUGGUUGAAGAAACCCUUUGGAGCAUCAUUUAGUUUCGGUGGUAAAUUAAUAAUUUUUGAAAAUGAAAUGCCAGACCCAAAUUUACCAAUGAAUUCAAAUCGAAAAGUUAUAAUAUCACAAGUAAUCACACAACCAGAUCUUAUUCAACGAUCAAAUGAAUUAGAGGCUACUCUUAAGAAUGAACAGUAUGUUGAUUAUUGUAAAGGAAAAAUUGAUAAUACGACUGAUGAACACACUAAAAAGAUUUGGAGCUGUGUUAGUGCAUAUUUUAGCAAAAAUGUUACAAAGAAUAUACUGGACUUAUUGGGAUAUAAUAUAGAAGAAAUGAAUAACAAAUUAAACCAAUUUUUACCUCAGGAUGAAAUAAAUACACUUUCAGGAGGUAUUACUAAUCUUAAUGUGACAAAUGGUAACAUAGAUGGAGGUGCAGUAUUUGAUGCUAUUGUUCAAGAACAGCAUAAAAAAUCUAUAGUUUCUGUAAUGCCUAUAAAUAAUAAUUUUAAAAUAAAUAUUUCUGAUGAUGAUGAUGGACUUAUUGCACAAGCAAUUCUCUUAGGAAAUAUUGAAGCUGCUGUAUCUUUAUGUUUCAAAAGCAAAAGAUAUGCAGAUGCAGUUAUUCUUUCUAUGGCUGGAGGACCUGAAUUAUUGGCAAAAACUCAAUAUAGAUACUUCUCAGAACAUUCUGGAGCACUUAAUUCACUUAUUAAUUCAUUAGUUAGUGAAAAUUGGACUGACAUUAUUAAGAAUGCUGAUAUAAAUUGCUGGAAAGAAAUAUUAAUUGGUGUGUUUACACAUGGUCAAGAACGAUCAACACUGUGUGACAUGCUAGGAGAUCGCUUAGCGUCUAGUGAAAAUUCUAAUUUAAAAAAACAAGCUCAAAUAUGCUAUAUUUGUUCUGGUAAUCUAAAUAGAUUGAUUGAAGCAUCUGAAGCUGAAAUCCAAGAAAUUGUGGAGUUGCUUAUAAUAAUGCAAAAAGCUUUAGAAUUUCAAGGUAUUGGAAGAGCUGAUAUUAAAGGUAAAAUCGCUAAUGUUCUAUCUCAAUAUGCUGAAAUGCUAGCAACAGAAGGAAAUCUCGAAGCAGCACUGAAUUAUCUUGGAAAUAGUCAGGAACAAAAAAUCAAGAAUUUACGAGAUAGACUUUGUAGAGCUUUAGGUUAUAUUCAAGAAGCUGAAAAAAACAUAGAAAAAGCGCCAAUAAAUCAAAACUACAGUGAACAAACUCAUAGACCUUUACAAAAUCAGAAUUUUCAAAAUACAUAUAAUUCAUUACCACAAACUACACCAGGAAUCGGUGGAACACCUAAUUACAAUUGGAAUACUACUCCUACCAAACAGUCAUUUGGAACAACAUCAACUCCGUUUAAUGUUCAAUCGACCCAGUCUUUUGUAACACCUGUUCAUACUCAAACACAAUCAGCGCAUUAUGAUCAAUAUGCAACAUUACGCCCAUAUGGACAACAAGGUGGUUUACAGCCUCCUCCUCCACCCCCUCCUACAUCUGGAUCAAGUGCUACUAGUACUUCAAGACCGUCUAGUGUUGGGCCUCAAUCAAGAUCAAAAUAUCUUAUAGAUCCAUCCGUAAAGUCUACAUCAAUGUAUGGCCAAAAUACUUUUCAACAACCACAAGCAUUUGCUUCUCAACAAAUUGGAUCUGUACAAGGAUACAACUUACAAUAUCCAUAUCAGCCACAAACAUCUGCUUCUAGCAACACAUUUCCUGGUCAAACACAUAAUCUCAUGAAUAUAGCACCAAAAGAAACAGAACCUUUCAAACUACCUAGUAUGAUGUCUAUGUCUCAAAAUUCUUCUCAAGCAGAAAUGUAUAAUCAACACAAUCCAGAACCGAUUUCCCAAAUGCAAACAUACAACAGUGACAAUAAUUAUCAUUCAAUGCCACAGCCAUCUGGAUGGAAUGACCCACCAAUUGCAAAAAGUUCUAGAGCACAGACAAAACCUGAAUUUCAACCUCAAAGUCCAAUACUACAUCCUUUGCGAAAUACAAUUCCACAACAUGAACCUAAUAUGUUACCACAGGAUAAUAAUUACAACGACUCUCAUGCACCUUAUAAUCCACAGCAAUAUGUUCAUAACAUUCCAAAUGUUGGUACUCAAUUUAAUAAACCUGCUGAUAUUACACAACCCAUAACAAUGGCUAAAGCUAUUGAACCUGAAAAACCAAAACUACCAAUACCUGAAGAACAUAUACAUUUGAAAACGGUAUUAGAUGAAUUAAAAAUGCAAUGCUUUGAGAAUGCUAAAAAUCCGCAAAUUAAAAGAAAAAUAGAGGAUGUAUCUAAAAAAUUGGAAACAUUGUAUGAUUGUCUCAGAGAAAAUAGAUUAUCACAAAACACUCUUCAAGGAUUACAUCAAAUAUCAGAGAUGAUACAGAACGGAAAUUACGCUGGAAGUCUAAGUUUACAUACGCAACUAGUAUCAGGACCAGAUUUUAGUCAAAUAUCUUCUUUUAUGCCUGGUAUUAAAGUAUUACUUCAAAGUGCCCUUCAGUUAGGAGUUUACAUUAGAUAG